AUGGCAGCUUUCACCAGUACCCCCAAAGUGAGUUCCAGGAGUGCUCCUCGGCACAGAGACUGGGAGCAGAGCCCAGCAGAGUGUGACUGGAAGGACUGGGAGGCUGGAGGCGGUGAGAGAUCUACAGGACACAGCACCAUGCUGGAGAAGACCCAUGACUUCUUCCAGAUCUGUGACAUCGAGGACAAGGGCUUCAUCACCCACCGGGACAUGCAGGUGAGAUCACCUACUGUAUAUGGGUUCACUGAGUCUGACCAAACCGUCCCAUGAGAAGUUAUUGAAAUGUUUAGGCUACACCAGAUGUGAGUUAUGCAUGUUCCCAUCCUUAGUACUGUGUAUAUAUUAGUUACCUAGUCAUGUAUAGCCUAGAUGUUACUUUUAUGUCAUUAUGUCAGAGUAACACAUAUUUUAAACUGCCGACUUUUGAUAUUGAUUUACAGUGCAAGUUGUUAUAGUUGUGUUUUGAACUGUGAUUCUUGCUCUGAAUGAUCAAAACAAUCAUGAGUUGUGGUGGGUUUGUUGGAGUUGCAUUCAGUAGCAUUUGAGACUUUUUUCCCUGUGGACUGGAUGCUUAAUUCAGAAGAAUAAUACAUAUUUCCUGUUAGCCUCUUUACCCUGAGGAACCAGUAAUAAUUGUCCCAGCCUAGUGCUAGCAUAAUUGUUUCCUUUGAACUACUGUGAUAGAGAACACAUGAUACUCUGUGGAUUACUCUGUGGAUGUAUCCUAACCUAUGCACCAGCUCCCAUAGCUCAUUAUUGUUGUAAUUUAGGCUUUUGUUAGGGCAUCUGAAUGACUGCUGUUAACAAUAGCAUACAUUAGGCUAAAUAAUGAGGAAAUAAUGCCAAACCUAACAACUGCAACAAAUCCUCCAUAGACCUUUGUUGGAUUUGGAGACAACAAUCUGGUCAUUUCACAAGGCUGCAUGUGGAGGACAGGGACUGCGUGUGCUCCAUAGAAUUAAAUGGAUAACUUUUAUAUCUCUGUGGUGUGCUCAUUAGAGAUGAUUCUGAGGACAUAGCCUGUAUCUUUCUAAUUCAGGAGAGCAUGUGAAAAGAGUGACAUGAACCCACGACACACAUGGGCUGCAAAGAGCCACACAGAGCCAUGCUUUGUCAUACAGCAACUUCAUCUGCAUUACUGUGCAGAUCCAAACGCCUCUUACAUAUUCAUCAAUGGCAGAAUAUUCCUUUGAUCGAGCACUUGUGAGCCCACGCCGUGACCAGGGUCUCUCAAUAGAAUAGAUCCCUUUGAUCCAAUGUUUAUGGAAAUAUACAAAACAAUUUCCCUAGACCCGCUCCCCGUGUUCAUUAUGAGUUGUGAAAGUAAUGAAAUCAGCCUAUUUUGUAAUAACGUCAAUGCAUAACCGUGUGCACUCCUGUAUAAUUCAUUACAAUUGUCUGUGUAAAUUAGUCAAGUUAACCUAGUCUAUCAAUAUAAGUGUUAUGCAACUGAAAUGCAUUUCUGCUGGUCUAUUAUUAGAAAUCCUGAGUAGAUAGAACAGAAAAUGUAUUUCUCUGCCAUAAGCAAGAUGGUUUUUGAUAUAGUCGGUUAUUUACUACGUCUGAUUAGGCUUACCUUGUUUAUCCAUAAGGACAAAGCAGAUACACAAGUAAUUUAUUUGGCAAAGUUAUGAACACCUAUUAUACAGUGCCUUCGGAAAGUAUUCAGACCCCUUGACUUUUCCCACAUUUUGUUACGUUACAGCCUUAUUCUAAAAUUGAUAAAAUUGUUUUUUUCCUCCUCAAUCUACACACAAUACCCCAUAAUGACAAAGCAAAAACAGGUUUUCAGAAUUUUUACUAAUUCAUAAAAAUAAAACAAACGGAAAUAUCACAUUUACAUAAGUAUUCAGACCAUUUACUUUGUUGAAGCAUCUUUGGCAGCGAUUAUGGCAUCGAGUCUUCUUGGUUUAUGACGCUACACGCUUGGCACACCUGUAUUUGGGGAGUUUCUCCCAUUUCUUCUCUGCAGAUCCUCUCAAGCUCUGUCAGGUUGGAUCGGGAGUGUUGAUGCACAGCUAUUUUCAGGUCUCUCCAGACAUGUUAGAUCGGGUUGAAGUCCGGGCUCUGGCUGGGCCACUCAAGGACAUUGAGCCAAGCCACUCCUGCGUUGUCCUGGCUGUGUGCUUAGGGUCGUUGUCCUGUUGGAAGGUGAACCUUCACCCCAGUCUGAGGUCCUGAGUGCUCUGGAGCAGGUUUUCAUCAAGGAUCUAUCUGUACUUUGCUCCAUUCACCUUUGCCUCGAUCCUGACUAGUGUCCCCGUCCCUGCUGCUGAAAACAUCCCCACAGCAUGAUGCUGCCACCACCAUGCUUCACUGUAGGAAUGGUGCCAAGUUUCCUCCAGACGUGACGCUUGGCAUUCAGGCCAAAGAGACCAACCAUGUUUCUCAUGGUCUGAGAGUCUUUGGGUGCCUUUUGGCCAAUUCCAAGUGGGCUGACGAAUCAAAUUGUAUUUGCCACAUGUGGCGAACACAACCGGUGUAGACUUUACAGUGAAAUGCUUACAUACAAGCCCUUAACCAACAAUGCAGUUUAAAAAAUAGGGAGAGGUUGUUAUCCUGGCACCACACGGCCAGGUCUCUGACCUCCUCCAUAUAGGCUGUCUCAUCGUUGUCAGUGAUCAGGCCUACCACUGUAGUGUCGUCGGCAAACUUAAUGAUGGUGUUGGAGUCGUGCCUGGCCAUGCAGUCAUGAGUGAACAGGGAGUACAGGAGGGGGUCUGAGCACGCACCUCUGAAGGGCCCCCGUGUUGAGGAUCAGCGUGGCAGAUGUGUUGUUACCUACCCUUACCAUCUGGGGGUGGCCCGUCAGAAAGUCCAGGAUCCAGUUGCAGAAGGAGGUGUUUAGUCCCAGGGUCCUUAGCUUAGUGAUGAGCUUUGAGGGCACUAUGGUGCCUUUUACUGAGGAGUGGCUUCCGUCUGGCCACUACCAUAAAGGCCUGAUUGGUAGAGUGUUGCAGAGAUGGUUGUCCUUCUGGAAGGUUCUCCCAUCUCCACAGAGGAACUCUAGAGCUCUGUCAGAGUGACCAUCGGGUUCUUGGUCACCUCCCUGACCAAGGCCCUUCUCCCCCGAUUGCUCAGUAUGGCCGGGCGUCCAGCUCUAGGAAGAGUCUUGGUGUUGCAAACUUCUUCCAUUUAAGAAUGAUGGCCACUGUGUUUUUGGGGAUCUUCAAUGCUGCAGAAAUGUUUUGGUACCCUUCCCCAGAUCUGUGCCUCGACACAAUCCUGUCUCUGAGCUCUACGCACAAUUCCUUCGACCUCAUGGCUUGGUUUUUGCUCAGACAUGCACUGUCAAUUGUGGGACCUUAUAUAGACAGGUGUGUGCCUUUCCAAGUCAUGUCCAAUCAAUUGAAUUUACCACAGGUGGACUCCAAUCAAGUUGAAGAAACAUCUCAAGGUUAAUCAAUGGAAACAGGGGUCUGAAUACUUAUGUAAAUAUGGUAUUUCUGUUUUGUAUUUUAAAUGCAUUUGCAAAAGAAUCGAAAAACCUGUUCGGUUUGUCAUUAUAGGGUAUUGUGUGUAGAUUGUUGAGAAAAAAAUAAUAUUUAAUCCAUUUUAGAAUAAGGCUGUAACGUAACAAAAUGUCUGAAUACUUUCCAAAGGCACUGUACAUUUUUUUACACUUCAUGAUGUAUUCUAGCAACUGCCAGCAUUGCCAUAUACAGUGGGGAAAAAAAGUAUUUAGUCAGCCACCAAUUGUGCAAGUUCUCCCACUUAAAAAGAUGAGAGAGGCCUGUAAUUUUCAUCAUAGGUACACGUCAACUAUGACAGACAAAUUGAGAAAUAAAAAUCCAGAAAAUCACAUUGUAGGAUUUUUUAUGAAUUUAUUUGCAAAUUAUGGUGGAAAAUAAGUAUUUGGUCAAUAACAAAAGUUUCUCAAUACUUUGUUAUAUACCCUUUGUUGGCAAUGACACAGGUCAAACGUUUUCUGUAAGUCUUCACAAGGUUUUCACACACUGUUGCUGGUAUUUUGGCCCAUUCCUCCAUGCAGAUCUCCUCUAGAGCAGUUAUGUUUUGGGGCUGUCGCUGGGCAACACGGACUUUCAACUCCCUCCAAAGAUUUUCUAUGGGGUUGAGAUCUGGAGACUGGCUAGGCCACUCCAGGACCUUGAAAUGCUUCUUACGAAGCCACUCCUUCGUUGCCCGGGCGGUGUGUUUGGGAUCAUUGUCAUGCUGAAAGACCCAGCCACGUUUCAUCUUCAAUGCCCUUGCUGACGGAAGGAGGUUUUCACUCAAAAUCUCACGAUACAUGGCCCCAUUCAUUCUUUCCUUUACACGGAUCAGUCGUCCUGGUCCCUUUGCAGAAAAACAGCCCCAAAGCAUGAUGUUUCCACCCCCAUGGUUCACAGUAGGUAUGGUGUUCUUUGGAUGCAACUCAGCAUUAUUUGUCCUCCAAACACGACGAGUUGAGUUUUUACCAAAAAGUUCUAUUUUGGUUUCAUCUGACCAUAUGACAUUCUCCCAAUCCUCUUCUGGAUCAUCCAAAUGCACUCUAGCAAACUUCAGACGGGCCUGGACAUGUACUGGCUUAAGCAGGGGGACACGUCUGGCACUGCAGGAUUUGAGUCCCUGGCGGCGUAGUGUGUUACUGAUGGUAGGCUUUGUUACUUUGGUCCCAGCUCUCUGCAGGUCAUUCACUAGGUCCCCCCGUGUGGUUCUGGGAUUUUUGCUCACCGUUCUUGUGAUCAUUUUGACCCCACGGGGUGAGAUCUUGCGUGGAGCCACAGAUCGAGGGAGAUUAUCAGUGGUCUUGUAUGUCUUCCAUUUCCUAAUAAUUGCUCCCACCGUUGAUUUCUUCAAACCAAGCUGCUUACCUAUUGCAGAUUCAGUCUUCCCAGCCUGGUGCAGGUCUACAAUUUUGUUUCUGGUGUCCUUUGACAGCUCUUUGGUCUUGGCCAUAGUGGAGUUUGGAGUGUGACUGUUUGAGGUUGUGGACAGGUGUCUUUUAUACUGAUAACAAGUUCAAACAGGAGCCAUUAAUACAGGUAACGAGUGGAGGACAGAGGAGCCUCUUAAAGAAGAAGUUACAGGUCUGUGAGAGCCAAAAAUCUUGCUUGUUUGUAGGUGACCAAAUACUUAUUUUCCACCAUAAUUUGCAAAUAAAUUCAUUAAAAAUCCUACAAUGUGAUUUUCUGUAGAAAAAAAAUCUCAAUUUGUCUGUCAUAGUUGACGUGUACCUAUGAUGAAAAUUACAGGCCUCUCUCAUCUUUUUAAGUGGGAGAACUUGCACAAUUGGUGGCUGACUAAAUACUUUUUUCCCCCACUGUAUGUGCACAUGUAUCAUUUUCUGCUGAUGCACAAACAGCCUUACAAUGUUUUUCACACCAUGACCAAGAGAGUGCCAGGGGUGUCUCAGGCUGUGAACUCUGUCUGCUGACAUAAGGGAUGUGUUCAGCCCAGAUAACAGAGUUUACAAGGAGUUCCUACUAUGAAUUUCACAAGUGGUUUCAGUGUAAACAUAGACAUGCCCAGCUCACAGAGGUGUGGCAGCGGUUGGCUUUUCUGGAUCAUUGUGGUCUUUACUGCUUAUUUUCAGGGUUUCAGAGUGUAAUUUAGUCUCUGUUUGCUUUCACACUGCUUGGCCUUGGCGUGUAAAUGGUGGUUUGGGCUUAUGUUGUCAAGGCUAAUGUUGACUGUUUUUAGAUGUUUUUGUUGACUUUGGGCAGAAUUGUUCAUUUCUGUAAUGUUUGAGUUCAAUCUGAAUUAAUUAAUGUCACAAGUUUAUUAAUAUAAACAUUUUAUGAAACAGCCUAUCCUAGUUAUUAACGAUUCUUUCAUCAUGAACUCACAUUACAUCCAUCACAUCGGUUGUGUGAGUGCUAAUAAUACACGAUCCUACACUUUAUGAACAUGAAGUACAUAUGCAGUCCUGUACUUGGAUACAUGACCAUCUCUUCUGAUGCUUAUGAUACUGUUGAGUGUUUUGCCAGGUGUUUGUGCUUGGCUGGCAGCUGUUGAACCAUACUCUAUUGUUGGCACAGUAGGAUUCUAAGGGAGGACAGCUCAUAAUAUGGCUGGAAUUUAGUGAAUGAAAUGCCAUGAAACACAUGGAAACCAUGUGUUUUUUUGUGUUUGAUACCAUUCCAUUCAUUCUGUUCCAGCCAUUACUAUGAGCCUGUCCUCCCCAAUUAAGGUCCCGCCGGCCGCCUGUGAUUGUUAACGUAGAGACUCCGAGUCCUUCAGGUCCCCAGUUGUGUCAAUGGCGCCUGAUUGUGUUGUGUGUCCUGCUCCACAGAGGCUGCAUGGACAGCUGCCCCUCAGUGCAGAGGAGCUGGAGAAUGUCUUCGACACCCUGGACUCUGACGGCAACGGAUACCUCACCUUGCAGGAGUUCUCCUCGGGGUUCAGUGCGUUGACUAUGUUCUCUUCUCACUUUCUACUGUCCAAUGUAUGUUGAUGUGCUGUGAUUGUUUUGAAAAAGUGAUGUAGUUUGAUUUGAUGUAUCUUCCAUUUCCACAUAACAUUAACCGUGCUAGUGCACUGUGCAAGCAGAGUAUGCAGCGCUGAGUAGGUGCAGGUACAUAGAGAGGGAGUAAAGGAUAUUAUAAAUCAUCUCCUGGACUCUUAUUUCUCCAGGUGAGUUCCUGUUUGGCCGGAGGAUCCCUUUAACAGAGGGGAUGGGGGAGGCCAACCCCAUUGCCAAGGAAGCCACCCAGGGCCCCCCAGACUCCCUGUACCAGACCCAGUGGGAGGAGAGGCUGACGGGCAGCGAGGAUGAGGAGGAGAGGCACUUCUGCAUGCUCAUGGAGAGCUUGGGCGCCAGCAACGUCUUUGAGGAGUCAGUGUUUGUUUUUGUCUAUGACGUCCAUACUGGGAAAUCCUUUGUCCAUCCCUCAACAAUAACCAGUCUAUUCCUUUAGAAUGGUUAGAUUGAUUGAAGUCAGCUGUGCAAAACAACAGUAGUGCUAACCAUUCUGUUUCAAUCGGCUUGCUUUGAUAUUUCUCCGAAAAUUCUAUAAGCUUAACAAACAAGCAUAAAGUCUACAGACAUGUAUAAGUAGAAAACAGAUUAAAUACCUGAAGUCACUGUCAUCUACCCCAAAAACCUCAGACAAAGGAAAAGUUAAUCUAAAUUGAGUUGGGUUAUUUAACCUUGCACAAAUCAUUAUAGUCACUGACAUUCAUGUUUUUGGCCUUCUGAACUCUAGGCGUUCAGAGGAGAGAAACGAGAAAGCCGGGCCUCGCAUAAUGCAUGACUAAACUCACCUUUAGCAAACAAGUGUGGCUCAAUAAAAGUAAACGGUAGUAGGUGAGGAUGUCAAAUUGAUAAGUACAUCCUAUUGACUGUCUGUAAACCUGGGUUAGAACCAGAAAGGAAUGCUGACAAUUUAGAUCAGAUCAGUUUGCUUCAACCUCUGGUGUGUUUUCCUGAAGUUGACAUGGCAUAGAACUCUACUGUGAGGAUUGGAAAGUUUCCAUAUUUGUUUAGGAGUAUCCAGAGGCCUGCUAGUCUGAUCAAUCAGUCCUAAUUUCAAUGAACAGAGAUCCAUCAAACAUGCAUUGUAUGAGAUAAUUUUCUCAAUUGGUCUUUCCACAUAUUGCCCUGCCAAAAUUUUUUUAUAAAUACAUUAUUCCAGUCAUUAUCUGAACACUGACGUGAAGACCAUGGCACAGACAAAGAUUGCAUUUAAACUGUUGUAUCAAAAUAGCUCUAUUUUCUACUAACAGGAAAUGGGAUUUUCUAGGCUAAGAUCAUCUUGACCAAAUGUCAAUUUUGCGCAAAUAUGUAAGCACGGCUGCAAGCAGCCCACAGCUACCCACUGCCUGCCUACAUUGCCCUAAUUGUUCACAUUGACCUUCAAGUGUAAUUCAACUUCAAGUACACACAUUUUUUCACCAAGAAGUACCUCAGUACAGUUGUUCUACACAGAAACCUGACUACAGAAUACAGACCGUAUUCCAGGUCUUGUCAUUCAGACUAAUCUUUGUUCUGACCCCCUUUCCAUCAGCCCUGGUGAGGUGCGUAGUCUGUGGGCCCAGCUGAGGAGAGAUGAGCCGCAUCUCCUGUCCAACUUUGAGGAGUUUCUGGCCAGGGUCACCUUCCAGAUCAAAGAGGUCAACCAGGAGAAGAGGGAGAUGGAGAGCGCCCUUAAAAGGUAGAAAUAUCGCAUAUCAUCAGGUAUUGGUACCCAUGUAGAAUUUGUGCAAUUAGUAGCUCACUGUAGCCUGGUACCAGAUCUGUUUGUGAUGUCUUGCCAACUCCUAUGGUCACUGGCAAGACGGUACAAACAGAUCUGGGACCAGGCUAGCUCAAUGUUCCUUUACAGAUAACCUCUGCCUGAGUAACGAAGGGCAAAGUAGCCUACUGCUUGCUACGAUAUGAAUGUCAUUUCAACCUUUUUUGCAUUAGGGCAUCUGUAGAAUGAUCGUCCCCAGUUAUAUAUCUGUUUUUUUCUGUGUUUAUUUCCCUUUUUAUUAUUUUUUGUACUAAAAGUAUAACUUUUUCUGACUGACAGAUUUGUAGUCCUUAGUUAAGCCUGCUAAAUUCCACACAUUAAGCGCUAGUGCUGCCUUGGGAGGAGAGAAGUGUUAAAGUUUUACAGUGUGGGUGGAACAAACUUUUAUUUCAAGAGACACAUUUACUCAACUGUUGGGAUGUGGCUAACCUUCCAGCUCCAAAGCAAUAUUAAGUGCUUGUGAAUGUGCUCCCUAAACCCCCACUUUCUCCAAAUUGUGUCAGACAAUGUUCAUGGCAAUUUUACGCAAAGGAAUACUACUUGACAAUCUCUACCUACUUGUUUACAUUUAAAAAUUUUAGUCAUUUAGCAGACGCUCUUAUCCAGAGCGACUUACAGUUAGUGAGUGCAUACAUUUAUUUAUUUAUUUUCAUACUGGCCCCCCGUGAGAAUCGAACUCACAACCCUGGCAUUGCAAGUGCCAUGCUCUACCAACUGAGCUACACGGGGUUUAUUAUGUCAUGUUUCAACUGAGCACCGCUUAGCUUUUGUACCAUAGUGGUGCAUUAUCACACAGUUUCACAUAGUUGAAGAGCAACCAGUUUUUGAGUCCGUUUCUGAGUGAAAGGAAUGCAAAUGUUGGAUGAGGCUGCUAUGGUUGGGUUUUAUGACAAGUGGCUCACACUUUGCAGCUGUUUCAAAACGUGUGAAUGUCUUUCUUGCUGUAUUCAGAGCUGUAGAGACACAGGGGUUUGAUUAAAGCUGACCGGAGUGGUUAGGCCUUGAAUGGUUAAGUAAUUAUAGUUAUCCCUUUUGAUUUUUCAGAUGUGAAUGACACUAUACAGGGGGGAAAAAAGUAUUUAGUCAGCCACCAAUUGUGCAAGUUCUCCCACUUAAAAAGAUGAGGCCUGUAAUUUUCAUCAUAGGUACACGUCAACUAUGACAGACAAAUUGAGAUUUUUUUCUCUCCAGAAAAUCACAUUGUAGGAUUUUUAAUGAAUUUAUUUGCAAAAUAAGUAUUUGGUCACCUACAAACAAGCAAGAUUUCUGGCUCUCACAGACCUGUAACUUCUUCUUUAAGAGGCUCCUCUGUCCUCCACUCGUUACCUGUAUUAAUGGCACCUGUUUGAACUUGUUAUCAGUAUAAAAGACACCUGUCCACAACCUCACAGUCACACUCCAAACUCCACUAUGGCCAAGACCAAAGAGCUGUCAAAGGACACCAGAAACAAAAUUGUAGACCUGCACCAGGCUGGGAAGAUUGAAUCUGCAAUAGGUAAGCAGCUUGGUUUGAAGAAAUCAACUGUGGGAGCAAUUAUUAGGAAAUGGAAGACAUACAAGACCACUGAUAAUCUCCCUCGAACUGGGGCUCCACGCAAGAUCUCACCCCGUGGGGUCAAAAUGAUCACAAGAACGGUGAGCAAAAAUCCCAGAACCACACGGGGGGACCUAGUGAAUGACCUGCAGAGAGCUGGGACCAAAGUAACAAAGCCUACCAUCAGUAACACACUACGCCGCCAGGGACUCAAAUCCUGCAGUGCCAGACGUGUCCCCCUGCUUAAGCCAGUACAUGUCCAGGCCCGUCUGAAGUUUUCUGGAGUGCAUUUGGAUGAUCCAGAAGAGGAUUGGGAGAAUGUCAUAUGGUCAGAUGAAACCAAAAUAUAACUUUUUGGUAAAAACACAUCUCGUCGUGUUUGGAGGACAAAGAAUGGUGAGUUGCAUCCAAAGAACACCAUACCUACUGUGAAGCAUGGGGGUGGAAACAUCAUGCUUUGGGGCUGUUUUUCUGCAAAGGGACCAGGACGACUGAUCCGUGUAAAGGAAAGAAUGAAUGGGGCCAUGUAUCGUGAGAUUUUGAGUGAAAACCUCCUUCCAUCAGCAAGGGCAUUGAAGAUGAAACGUGGCUGGGUCUUUCAGCAUGACAAUGAUCCCAAACACACCGGCCGGGCAACGAAGGAGUGGCUUCGUAAGAAGCAUUUCAAGGUCCUGGAGUGGCCUAGCCAGUCUCCAGAUCUCAACCCCAUAGAAAAUCUUUGGAGGGAGUUGAAAGUCUGUGUUGCCCAGCGACAGCCCCAAAACAUCACUGCUCUAGAGGAGAUCUGCAUGGAGGAAUGGGCCAAAAUACCAGCAACCGUGUGUGAAAACCUUGUGAAGACUUACAGAAAACAUUUGACCUGUGUCAUUGCCAACAAAGGGUAUAUAACAAAGUAAGAAACUUUUGAGAAACUUUUGUUAUUGACCAAAUACUUAUUUUCCACCAUAAUUUGCAAAUAAAUUCAUUAAAAAUCCUACAAUGUGAUUUUCUGCAAUUUUUUUUCUCAUUUUGUCUGUCAUAGUUGACGUGUACCUAUGAUGAAAACUACAGGCCUCUCUCAUCUUUUUAAGUGGGAGAACUUGCACAAUUGGUGGCUGACUAAAUAUUUUUUUCCCCCACUGUACACUGAUAAUAAGUGCACAUUUUUUCUGGUACUCAUCUGAAAAUCUAUUUGUUGCUGUGCCUGUUUGGAAUGCGUCAUAAUAGCUUACAAUUACCUACUGUAUGAUUGAAAUGCUAGACUGAAAGCUUAUUUAAACAUUUGAUAACAACACUUGAGUGGCCCAUUUUAUUAUGUGGAAAAUGCUUUAUUAGCAUUAACAAAACAAAAACAUUUUCUAAAUCCGAACAGAAAAGCAGCAACACAUGACGAUGAGAUCCAGCGCUUAUAUGAAGAAAUGGAGCAGCAAAUCAAAAAUGAGAAGGACAGGAUCCUCCUGCAGGUAAAGGAGAGAUCUCCCACUGCAUACACCAGACUUGUUAGUAACUUCAGUUUUCUGAAAGAUGCUCUUGCUCUCUCGUUCUCCUUUCCUCGUUCUCCCUCACUCUCUUUCUCCCUCACUCUCUUUCUCCCUCACUCUCUUUCUCCCUCCUGCAGGACUCUGAGCGCUUCCUGUCUAGGAGUCAGGAUCUAGAGCAUCAGCUGUCCAGUAAGGAGAGGGAGCUAGAUCAGAUCUUCCAGAAACAGAGGAGGGUGAGUAGGGACAAGAAUGAUGAGUCAUUGAUUAUCACAGGCAUCACACUGAUGGGUAGAUUUGCACUGUACAGAACUUAAUAUUAUUUUUGAUUAAAUCUAAUUUUGGUGAAAGUGUUUUUGAACAAUGUGAGAUAUCAACUGAUUGAUAUCAACAGAAUUGUCACCAGCUAUUAUGAAUUAGUACUCUAAGAGCUGUUGCUGAGUGUCUGCAGCUUAUUCUGUAAUGGAAAUUAAGAGAUGAUCAUGUGCAACCGUCACACUCUCACAAACAGAACUCCACUGAAGCUUUUAAGACUAAUUUGUCCAUUGGAAAUUAGUCCUAUAUUAUUUUUUAUUUUUUUUGGGGGGGUGGAUCAGCUUUAAUAUUGCAGAUUGUGGCUUCCAUCAUUGUAAUUGUCUGCAUCAUUUCCAAUCCCAAUAUACUGUUUUGUGUGUAUAUAUAUAUAUAUAUAUUUAUAUUUAUUUAUUUAUUUAUUACAUAUAUUUCCUUUAUUCUUUUCCCCUACCACCCCACCCCUAAUUGGAGUAAACUAAUCGAUAACAAUUAGUCUUACCAGCACUUCUUACUUUGCUUUACAAAGGGGAACAAGGCCUUAGUUCCUACUGUACCCAAGUCACCAAGGCCUUCUCUCAGAGCUCCCUGGCACCUCUAAUUAUUAUGUCUGUAAUUCACAUUCCAUGUUCCUCUCUGCCAACCAUGGAAAUAGAAUGGAAGAACAUUGACUUGAAUGGGAAUGUCCGUUCUAGAGAUUCUAUUUCUAUGCUGUAAAGCAGGCAUCCAGACGCUAUGCUGGCUAGCCUCAUUGCAGUGUCGCUAGAUAAAGUAUCUUGUUGUUUUGGAUCCGCUGUUGUAGCACUUGGGCUUAUAUAUUUAGAACAGUGAUAGUAGCGUUUGAGGCUACAGUCAAACAACAUCCUUAUCUGUGUGUCCUCACACAACCCCUGGCUUUAAUGGAUGUGUGUGGGUCAGACCAGGCCAGUAUGUGUUAUGCAAGUUUAGAAGAUUUCUGUUCAUCAAUGCUUGGUGUAUCAUAGCAAACACACAUUGAUCAUCCUUAGCAAUCAUAGUGUCUAGACUCCAGACUAUGAUUGUUACUGCAUAGAAGUGUCUGGGAAAUUGUGUUUUUCAAGCUGCAUAUGAUCAGAUAAAUGAAAUGAAAGUGUAUAUUGUAGGGUGUCUGCUUUUGGCUGUAGUGUUGUUUUGUGUGUCUCCUCUGUGACUGUGGCCCCUCUCCCCUGUGUCCCCUCCCCAGUUGGAAUGUCAGUGCCGGGAGCUGCACAGCGAGCAGCACGUGACCAAGGUGGAGAACGUGAAGCUGAAGCAGACGAAUGAGGAUCUGGCCCAGGAGCUGGAGCACACCAGUCAGGAGCUGACCCUGGCACAGGAGCAGCUGGGCCUUCUGCAGGAACAGUCCUCACGCCUGCACAAGGAGAGGGAGAUGUAAGUCUGCCUGUUUGUAUCCGACUGGUUGGCUAGCUGACUGUUUGGGUCUCCUUGUGAGUCCACAGUACAUGAUUAUGUGGAUUUGUUUUCCAACACAGGGAAAUGUACCAGGUCACAGAGGGAUUGCAGAGAGAGCGAGCAAGCCUGCUGAAACAACUUGACCUCCUGAGGUAGGAGAGGAGAGGAGACAGACACACACUAGGAGAGAGGCAGUGGGUUAUAUCAGUUCAGGGCCACUGUUCUCCAAAUCAAGGAGAAAUUAACAUACUGUACAAUAGUGUACAAUGUUAUAUUCACUACAAACCAAGACCACGCAUCCAUCGAGCAGAUAGCAUAGUAUUGACCUCAGGCAAACUCCUCGAAGCUGUUUCACACUAGUUCUUAGAAAAUGUGUUUUUAUUUUUUGCAAUGAACCCAUUCCUUGUUAUAUUGUCUCCAGGGAAAUGAACAAACACUUACGAGAUGAACACGAUAUGUCCUCUUAUCAAGUAAGUAUUCACAUGAAAUUUCUUUCAUUGUCCAUUUGUGAAAUCCCGUCUGUCUGUAUGAUAUGUUUGAUAGAUCCUAUCCUAAAAACAUGAUUCCUUGAAAAGCAUGGAACCUAGAAAACAUUUUCUAUCAAAUCCAAUUGCAAUCAAACUGUAGAUUACAUUUGUUGUUGUUUUGCAGAAACCAAGGAAUACUGUUGAAAAUCCUACUUGGAACCCGAGGCCUGGAUCACAUACUCUGAAUCCCUUUGACAAAAAGGCCUUUAAAUGGUACACCGUUUGCUCUGAAAUGAAUGAAUACUGUCUCAUGCAGUUGUGGAGGCCUUAAUUUAUACAAAUGUUCAAUUCACCUACAAUACACACUUCUUCAGUAUGACUGUAGCUUGAGUAGUUAUUAAUGGUGAAUGAUUCAUAUUUUCUAAGUAGAUGGCAUUACACAAAGUAGAACAAAGCACAUGACACAGAAUUCAAAUGUAGGACAGAAAGCUGUUCAAUAGGGCUACAGUUGUAGCUCUGUGCAGAACAUGUCUGUACUGUAUUUACAUUGUUCUGAAAAUGCAAAUGCUUAGUCAAUUCACAUUCUACAGCCAUACCGUUAUGUUCCAAAAAAAGCAAUUGUGAGCCAAUUCACAUGUGUCCCUCUAAUUACCAGCUCAUCCCUGUCUCUCCAGUGAGGAAGAGGAGGGAGGGCUCCCCCACUCUAAGAGGAAGAGCCCAGGGGGAGUAAAUGGCUACAGCCUGGAUUAUGUGGUAGACUCCAACCCCCCCCACAGACCCCUCCAGAGGAUCAUCUCCAUAGAGGAGGACCACCUACCCCAGCUCCUACAGGACGACUACCAUGCCCAGCUCUGCGAGUGGAGCGAGGAGGCGGAGGAAGAAGGGGAGGAGGCAGAGCACAUAGAGCUGCAGAUGAAAUCAAUAUAUCCUCCUAGUUCUCUUCCGACUAGGGAGCAGCAGCCAGCUGACACCAGAGAGACAGAGAUGCCUACGUCCCCCAGGGGCCAGCCUGUCGGCAAGGAGACAGUGGUGAAUGUAAGACUUGUAUGCUCAGAGAUACAAGGUUGAUUGGUCCUAAUGUGGACAUACUUUGUUUUGUCUCUAAUCAAUAGAACAUGAGAAGGUGUCAGUUGGCCAAGUAACCUCCCCUUUAAAAUAACCUUGCCUUCCUCUUUAGUCCUUCAGGGUUGUGUAUAGGUCAGUGUGUUUUUGUUGGUUCUUACCCCGUAUAAAGAGGGGUGCAAGAGGGGUGGAUGUACAGCACAAUGUGUUCACAAAGCCCUGUUUUUCUGUCUGAGCAGACCUGCGAUAGGACAACAGCAGUCACAGGGGUUGGGUUUCUCUCUUUGAGUGACUUGACCCCACAGUUACCCUGGCAACAGGUUUAGCUACUUGUGUGUGUUGAAUGAGUGAUUCAGGAAGUUUCCAUGGUUUACUGUCAUCUAGGAACUUACUCUACAGUGCAUACGGAAAGUAUUCAGACCCCUUGACUUUUAACACAUUUUGUUACAUUACAGCCUUAUUCUAAAAUUUAUUAAAUCGUUUUUUUCCCCUCAUCAAUCUAUACACAAUAGCCCAUAAUGACAAAGCAAAAACAGAUUUUUGCAAAUGUAAUAAAAUGGAACAAACUGAAAUAUUACAUUUACAUACGUUUUUAGAUCCUUUACUCAGUACUUUGUUGAAGCACCUUUGGCAGCGAUUACAGCCUCGAGUCUUCUUGGGUACCAUUCUUCUCUGCAGAUCCUCUCAAGCUCUGUCAGGUUGGCUGGGGAGCAUCGCUGCACACCUAUUUCCAGGUCUCUCCAGAGAUGUUAGAUCGGGUUCAAGUCCGGGCUCUGGUUAGGCCAAUCAGACUUGUCCCGAAGCCACUCCUGCGUUGUCUUGGCUGUGUGCUUAGGGACGUUGUCCUGCUGGAAGGUGAACCUUCGCCCCAGUCUGAGGACCUGAGUGCUCUGGAGCAGGUUUUCAUCAAGGAUCUCUCUGUACUUUGCGCUGUUCAUCUUUCCCUCGAUCAUGACAAGUCUCCCAGUCCCUGCUGCUGAAAAACAUCCCCACAGCAUGAUGCUGCCACCACCAUGCUUCACCGUAGGGAUGGUGGCAGGUUUCCUCCAGGCGUGACGCUUGGCAUUCAGGCCAAAGAGUUCAAUCUUGGUUUCAUCAGACCUGAGAAUCUUGCUACUCAUGGUCAGAGUCCUUUAGGUGCCUUUUGGCAAACUCCAAGCUGGCUAUCGUGCCUUUUACUGAGGAGUGGCUUCUGUCUGGCCACUCUACCAUAAAGGCCUGAUUUGGUGGAGUGCUGCAGAGAUGGUUGUUCUUCUGGAAGGUUCUCCCAUCUCCACAGAGGAACUCUGGAGCUCUGUCAGAGUGACUACCGGGUUCUUGGUCACCUCCCUGACCAAGGCCCUUCUCCCCCGAUUGCUCAGUUUGGCCGGGCGGCCAGCUCUAGGAAGAGUCUUGGUGGUUCCAAACUUCUUCCAUUAAGAAUGAUGGGAGGCCACAGUGUUCUUGGGGACCUUCAAUGCUGCAGACAUUUUUUUGGAAUCCUUCCCCAGAUCUGUGCCUCGACACAAUCCUGUCGCGGAGCUCUACGGACAAUUCCUUCGACCUCAUGGCUUGGUUUUUGCUCUGACAUGCACAGUCACCUGUGGGACCUUAUAUAGACAGGUGUGUGCCUUUCCAAAUCAUGUCCAAUCAAUUGAAUUUACCACUCCAAUUAAGUUGUAGAAACAUCUCAAGGAUGAUCAAUGGAACAGGAUGCGCCAGAGCUCAAUUUUGAGUCUCAUAGCAAACGGUCUGAAAACGUAUGUAAAUAAAGUAUUUCUUUUUUUUAUUUUGAAUACAUUUGCAUAUAUCUUGAUAAUUACUUGAGGAAAAGUUGACUGAAGCACAAAAUGGAGUUUGGAAAAAUGUAAUGAAACCUAUAGAAUGACCUCUUCCCUCUGCUUCAUCUCUCUGUGUUGUUUCCAGGAGGGUGCAGCAUCACCCCCGGACCGCCUGUUUAAGAUCGUGCUGGUAGGGAACUCUAGCGUGGGGAAGACCUCCCUCCUCAGGAGGUUCUGUGACGACUGCUUCUACCCAGGCACCUCUGCCACCGUGGGUGAGUAGUGAGUGGCCUCUCCAGGGUUCCUUUUCUAGAGCAGAUUAGGGUUUUCAUUAGGCACCAACGGAACACAACGGACUGAAACUGGGUGGAACUACCUGGACUUGAAUAGGAAUCUAGUUUUUGUUUUAUGUUGCAAACUGUUUUGAUAUGGUGUGUCCUAAUCAACAUGACCCAGGGCAGAGCUGAGCCCCCAGACCUGUGGCUGGCUGACCUCACCCUCCCUCUCACAACGGCUUUACUCAUUAAGCUCUUUUAAAUGCUGAUUGCUUACACUGUGGAAAGCCGACUAUGUUGUGUUGAUCUUGCACUACAUAGGCAACAGCCUAAGCAGAUAAACCAUAUUGUGGUGCUGUUGUAUUGACUGACUUGUAUUCACACAGACCAUGACUGGAUACUGGCCUUUCUGUUGUACAGUAGGUGACUGGAUACUGGCCAUGACUGGAUACUGGCCUUUCUGUUGUACAGUAGGUGACUGGAUACUGACAAUGACUGGAUACUGGCCUUUCUGUUGUACAGUAGGUGACUGGAUACUGACCAUGACUGGAUACUGGCCUUUCUGUUGUACAGUAGGUGACUGGAUACUGACCAUGACUGGAUACUGGCCUUUCUGUUCUUCAGUAGGUUAAUGUUACACACCCAAACCUAGUUUGUUCUUUGACUGACUGCGAGCAUACUGAAUUACGUCAUGUCCCAACCCACACAGCAUCACAUGAGACGGCUUGUGAAGUCAGUGUUCCUUUCCUGUCAUUCUGCAGCCUGGUACGAACAGCUCCAGAUCUCUAAUCUCCUCUCUAUUUAGGCCCUGUUUGGAAGAACACAAAAAUUAUUUGAUUCUGAAAAUAGUAAUUUUUAGGAGAAACUCAGAUGGAUUUUGAAUUGUAUGGUCCCUCUAGAACAAUAGGCAAUAUACUCUCAACUCUUGUUGAUGCAAUUGUGAUGCAGUCAUUGACAAAAAACAUGUUGUUUCUCCUUUUCUAUUUGAGCACUGGGAACAACUAUAGUUGAUUGCAACCAUCAAUGGAUGAGUAACAUUUCAGAAACUCAGAAGGACAAAUAUCCUUUGAAGUUCCUUGUUCUAUCCAGAUUUAGCCCGGAAAUCAAUUGUUGUUUCCUUUCGUCAUUGUUUAACCUUUUCCUAUCUUGCUACGAACCCAGCACUUCUAAAAAGAAUACGGACAGAAAAUUACAGGGAAAAAAUAUUAUUGGAAUGCAAAAUAUAGUAAAUGACUUAAGUGAUAUCUUGUCCAUCCUGCAUCAACAGGCAUAGACUACAGUGUGAAAACGAUAACAGUGGACAACAGCCAGGUGGCACUGCAGAUGUGGGAUACAGCAGGACAGGAGAGGUGGGAAACAUGACUCUACUAAGGGAAUUUAUACACGUUCACAUUUUUACCUCAGCAGCUUUUGUUUUGCUACAUGCAGUUGUGCUCUAUGGCACAUAGAUAAUGUCAGUGAAGGGACAUAUUACUACAAUGCUUAAAUGUCAGUAUUCUUGACAGUAUUUUCUAAUGAGACCAUGUUGCACAUGAUACUUGAAAAUAGUAUCUUAAUGAAACUAUAUACAUGAGGAUAAAGUACAAAUGGAGGAAUGAUCAGUUUUCCUUCUCCACUCCUUCAGGUAUCGCAGCAUCACCAAGCAGUUCUUCCGCAAGGCUGACGGUGUGGUAGUCAUGUAUGACAUCACUGCUGAGCAGAGCUUCACUGCGGUGAGACAGUGGCUGACCAGUGUACAGGUAAGACAAGCCCUAACACUUCACUGCUCACCUCUGAAAUAGCAGGCCUACACAUGUAGGUAAUACUGAGGGUCUCCUCCUGCUCAAUAGCACAUUCAAUGUAGGCCGACAUAACAUUUAUAUACACUAUCAGAUCAAAUGCGCAAAUUAUUGUUAUUCUUACUGGAUAUUUGUAAAGAUGCACGAUACAUGUUACCAUCCAUUAUCGUUAUGGAUUGUGUGCCACGUACUAUCUGUACACAACAUGUAGUGAAUAUAGAUUUGUCUGUGAUCUUGCUCAGUGUAACACUGAUGUUAAACACCUGCGAUGCUGAAUGCUGCUCACCCACUGGGGAUAUGAAAGGGACCGCUGAGGUUCUAGCCCUAAUGGAGUGCAUCAGUGCCCAUCAUCUCAGUCUCUCUUCACAGGAGGGGGCCGGCGACGAUAUUCCCAUCAUGCUGCUGGGAAACAAAACGGACAAGGAGAGCGAGCGGGAGGUUCAGACGAGAGUAGGCGAGAAAUUAGCCAAGGUCUGUCUAUCAGCUAUUCCCUGGGUGUUGUGUUAAUGGCCCAGUCUUCAACCCACAGGCUUCAGUGCCCACAGCCACAAAGUGGUGGGCCAUCUUCUCACUGAAUAAGUAAAAGCAACAAAAUGUGGGGGUUUUAACGAUGUGUGAGUGGGCCUCAAAAUGGUCCAGGAGUUGUUUUUCCGAUUUCCGACAUCCCUCUUUUUUUUCUUUGGGUUUGUAGUUUCUAUGGUGAUAGAUAAUUGCUAAGUGCCUUAGAUCAGUCAAGAGCUGCUCUUCUUUUUCAUUUUGCUCCUAUGGCCAUUAGUCCAGACAACUUUACCUUAAUGUUACUAAAGAGGCCUGAGUGGGAGGCUGUGUGGGAGAGGAGAGCAUGAUCGACCUACUACAGCCGGUUCCAAUCGCAGCACUGUACUGUACAUCCCAUUGACUUUCCUGUUUUUCAUCUGAGAAUGACAGUUAUCAAAUCUCCUUUGCAGGACUGCCAGUUGAUUUUCUAUGAGUGCAGUGCUUGUUCCGGACAAAAGGUUGUAGACUCUAUGGUACAUUUGGCAAGGUGAGUUAAGUAAAGUGCUGUGUGGGAUUCUGCCCAGCGUUUUAACAGGACAUAAGUCUUACUUCUUCCACAUUACUAUUGUCUUAACACGACUAUUUGUCAUUUCGAUUUUGGCCAUUAAUUAACAAGGCUAUACGAAUGGAAAACAAGCUUAAUACUGUCAGGCCAAAAAUGUAAUAACUGUCUGCUUGGACUUUGUCCAAGCUAGGCUUUAUGCGGUCUGCAGUGAAAUCUGACAACUCACUUUAAGCCAAAUGUGUCAGACAACUUUAUCCUAACACUUGAAAUGCUCCCAACUUCAAUAAUAGUAUCAGAAUCGAAUAUUGUGUGAGAUUUCUCUAGUCAAGUCUAUUGCACUGUAACUGAGGUUGGGUUCUCACUCUCAAUAAUAAACAGUUAACCUACACUACAGUAUGUGACUUUGGAUUAAUUUCUGAGUAAGAUCUCUUCUCCUGUGUCUCCUAGAGUUCUGAAAGAGCAGGAGGACAGAGAGAAAGAGAAGACGAUCCAACUGGUAAACAGCUCUUCACAGAAGAAGAGGUCCUGCUGCUAG